GUGUCAACCGAAGGCAUCAGCAUCAUUAUGAAAAAAUUCUGUUUGCUUCUUCUGAUGGCGCAUUUUGUGACCUCAAGCCGAAAUUUAAACGAUAUUCUCGGUCGCGAGGAGUGGAUAAGCAUAGCAAAGAAGUAUAUCAAGAACCACAAGCCCUACAAAGCCAAAAUCUACGUACCCUACAAGCCGCGCAUCGUAAAUUUCACCAAUCCAUUUGAUGGAGAUUUUUGGGACACAACCACGGUGGCCACAAAUGCAGAAUCUACCACCAAUCCGCAGGAGACUACUGACUACUUUACUGGUGAAGCAUCAACUACUACGGAGAAAUAUGCCACUGAGGAAUAUACAACUUCUGCGGCGGACUAUUCAACCACCGAAUCUAGCUAUGUAACUUCAACCACGGAUAUUUUGUAUUCCACUACAGCAGCUUGGCCGGAAGUCACCAGCACAGAAGCUAUAGAUGCCACAGAAUCAGUAGCCGUAUAUUCCACAACAGAAGGUUCUACAGAAGAUUCAACUACAGAAACCAAUCCAGACAGUACUGAAUAUGCUGAAUCAACAUUAAUCUAUCCAGAUUUAACUACAGGAUGGCAAGAAACUACUACAGAAACUAUUCAGAGCUCUACAGGAUUGCAGGAAUCAACAACUACAGAAACUAUUCCAAGUACUACGGGAUGGCCGGAGUCAACGACAACUUUAGGUUCUGAAUUUUCAGAGAAAGAACUAAUGAAAACUACCACAGAAAUAGAAAUCAAUUCAAGCACUACUGAAUUGCCGGAAUCAACGACGGAAUCUGCUGAUUCUACCACAGAGCCGAACGAAUCCACGUUUGCAUUAUCCACAGAUCAAACUACAACUGAAACAGCAGAAACUUCAACAGAAGGAUUGUUUUCAACCACAGAAGCCCAAGAAUAUACUACAUCCUUGCUGGAAAUCAUUGCCACGACUCCGGGCGUGGAAACUACCACGUCGUAUCUGGACACCGUGAUUGACAGCACCCAGGAGGAAAGUUCUACAUUAUCAACACCAUUUGGAUUUAAUUUAACAACAACGGAAAUAAUAGAAACUCAAGUAGAAACUACAACACCAAGGCAAUUGAAUUUCGUCGAAGAUUACGUUCGCCAGAGACCGAGAAAAUUGAAGUACUCUUCGGACACGGAGCCGGAACUUUACUGGUACUGAAAAUGAUUACAAAUAAAAAUUAAGAGUUUGAAAAUAAGCAUAAUAAAAAAUGAUUGGAAGCAAAUAUUAAGAGAGUUUGAAUUUAAAUAAAAACAAUUGCCAA